UACAUAUACUAAAAUUGGAACGAUACAGAGAAGAUUAGCAUGGCCCCUGCGCAAGGAUGACACGCAAAAUCGUGAAGCGUUCCACAUUUUUUUGUUACACACAAUUAAAUAUUAUUUAAACCAUCUGAAAUAUUUUGAAAACAAAACUUCUACCGCAAGAUGAUUAAAAUAAGAAAAAUAGUAACAUUACAAUCUGGUACUAUUCGAUUUUUAUUGAUGAAUUCUGAGUACCAAAAAGUCAUUAGCAAUCGUGUGGAAAUUUCUACUGCAUUGAAUUCUUGGAAGAGAGUAACUGAAGGAGUGUAUUUGUAUAACUGUGGCAUUGAUCCUUAUACAGGAGAUUUGUUUCAUGAAACACCUAUCGGAUUAUAUAUUUUCAAUUUUAUACAACAACAUUUAUCACAAUGGGUAUUAUUUUGCUUAUUUGUGUCCAUUGAUUUGUUAACAGCAGUAUUUCUUGGACUUACAGCAAAGCAAUAUACGACUGAAUUGGUUUCUAAACAAAAAGAAGAGGAAAAAUUAUGCAAUGAAAAUAAAGAAAUUCAUAAUGACGCUUCUGUAGUAUAUACUGCAAUGAUGUAUGUCUCAGCAGGAUAUUUAUUUAAUCCAUACAUAAUACUUAAUUGUGUUGGACAUACAACAACAGUAUUUACAAAUUUGUUGUAUUCCAUAGCAUUGGUUUCAAUGACAAGAUCUAUAUUUUGGAAUUGCUUAUCAAUUUCUUUAUUAACAUUACAAGGACUUUAUCCUGUUUCACUCAUAGUGCCAACAGUUAUCUAUAUUGCUCGUUCUAGUAGUACAAAACGAAGAAGCAAUAUUGCGAACUAUCUUAUAGUAUUUGCAAGCAUGUUAACCAUUCUAUUUUGUAUUUCCUAUUAUAUUAUGGGAAGUUGGUCAUUUAUUUCGAACACACUUGGCUUUAUUUUAACAGUUCCUGAUUUACGUCCAAAUGUUGGACUUUAUUGGUACUUUUUUACAGAAGUAUUUGAGCACUUUAGAUGGCUUUUCAUUGCUUCUUUUCAAAUAAAUGUCAGUUUAUUAUAUAUAGUACCAUUGGCAUUGAGAUUACGACAUGAUCCAAUGCUAUUAGCAUUUUCUUAUUUAGCAAUUACUGCAAUAUUUAAAUCUUACCCUUGUAUAGGAGAUGUUGGAUUUUAUAUGUCUCUUUUACCAUUAUGGAAGCAUUUAUUCCAAUAUACACAACAGGGAUUUAUUGUAGGCUGUUUUAUGCUAUUCUGCACAGUUUUUGCACCUACUGUUUGGUACCAGUGGAUAUAUUCCAGAUCAGCUAAUGCAAACUUUUAUUUUGGGGUUACAUUAGCAUUUGCCAUAGCACAAAUUUUUUUACUAACAGAUAUCCUUUUCGCGAGUGUGAAACAUGAGUUUGCUGUACGUCACGGUAUUAAUAAUGAUGUUAGUGGAAAUACUGCUAAACUUCUUUUAGAGUAAAGUUGUAUCUUACAAAAUUUAAGAUUAAAAUCAUUAACUGAAGUUUGAAAUUUAAAAGAAGUGGUUCUUAAAUAUUUACAAAUUAUUCGGAAAAAAAUUUAGUGUUUGUUAAUCACAAGUCAUAACAAUACGUAAUUUUAUAAAGUCUCCAGGUAGUAGAAUGUUUUAAAAUAAAUUGAUAUUAAACGAAAA